AUGGCAGUAUCUGCUCCUGUCCAGGAAGCACUCAUAAUCCAGAUCUCUCUUGCGGUGGCAUUGCACCUUUGGUUCAAGAAACACGAACCCAAAUCAAUUUCGGCUGUAUUCGUUAUCCUGAUCGGCCUUUCAGCUCCAUCGGCAUUAUUAUUACUGUUUCCUCAUUUUGAUUCGCUGGUGAAAGCGGUCGGAACCAGUUUUGUCACCCUUGUUGUCACCCUACUUUCCUCUAUUCUUGUUUAUCGCCUGUCUCCCUUUCACCCGCUCUCAUGCUAUCCUGGACCUUGGCAGUGUAAGGCCACAAAACUCUGGGGCGCGUACAUUGCAUGGCAAGGCAAACCACACGUCUAUUACAAGUCACUGCACGACGUCUACGGGCCGAUUGUUCGAAUCGGUCCUAAUGAGAUUUCUGUUGCGGAAGUGGACAUGCUUCCAAACAUCUUGGGGACAUCUGGGAUGCCCAAAGGCCCAAUGUGGGAGGGUCGAUCAAGCGUCCCUUCCAAGAAACGAAAACUCAAUGACCAUCUCACCUCUACUCGAGACCUUCGGCGGCAUGCACAGCUUCGGCGACCAUGGAACGCAGCGUUUAAACCAGCAGCCGUUGCAAACUAUACAGAAUUUCUGAUCGCCCGUUCUGAACAGUUCGUGACAAAGUUGAAGGAGGUCCUGCAGACUCCGAAUGCUGCACAACGAGUAGACAUUGCCCUGUGGAUUAAUUACCUUGCCUUCGACGUUGUUGGCGAUCUAGCAUUUGGUGGCGUGUACUCGUUCCUGGUAGAUGGAGACCGGGACGGCAUUCUUAGGACAAUUAGAAGGGGCAUUUUCCCUCCAAGCGUCUCGCAGCACGUUCCGUGGCUCCAAGAAAUAAUGCGUAAAUUGCCCUUCCUUGGCAAAGACUCCCGGAAGUUCGGGCAAUUCGGACUAGAGCAAGGCAAAAAGCGGGCGGCGCUCUCGGACACUCUGAAGCGUAAAGACCUUUUUCAUUACUUGAUCGAGGAUGACCCAAAUGCAAUGGCCAAUCCUAUUCCCGUGAUCACAUCAAACGCACUUCUUGCCAUCGUAGCAGGGUCGGACACCAGCACUUCCGUCCUGUGCAACAUCGUCUACUACCUCCUCCAAAAUCCUGAAUACCUCGUACGACUGCGUAGUGAAAUCGACGAUGCCUACCCCAGCCCUGUCCUGAACGAAGCGAUCGACGUGAACUCUUUAGGCGCGUUACCCUUGUUGAAUGGUGUCGUGAACGAGGCUCUUCGCCUCCAACCGCCUAUCGCGAGCAGCCUCCAACGCGCUCCAGCCCUCGGAAGUGGAGGCAAGCUGCUGGCGCCUGGUUUGUUCAUCCCCGAAGGUACCGCUGUUCAAGUCUCGCCCUACAUCUUCCAUCGCGAUCCGAGAUAUUUUUCUCCUCGCCCAGACGAAUUCUGGCCAGACCGGUGGAUAAGCAAGGAUCCCAGUCUCAUGCUCAAUAGAGCGGCCUUCAUCCCUUUUUCUGUUGGACCUGCGAACUGCCCAGGGAAACCGCUCGCAAUGAUGGAGCUGCGGUACAUAACGUGCUUGCUUGUGCGUACCUUCGACAUGUCGUUCGCGGAUGGAUACGACCAUGCGCACUGGGAGGAAGGGCUUUUCGACCACUUUGUCAUGUUAAAAGGAGAAUUACCGCUGAAACUGCAAGUCAGGGUGGGGUAG